CAUCAUGCCCGUGCUCUGCACCCAAAUCAUCGUAAUCAUCAGCAUAGCAUAGUAUUUUAUGUAGUAGUAUUACUUGUUGUUGUUGUUGUUGCUAUUCAUUCUGUUUUUCGGUGGGCUUCGUUGCGGGCUGUGGCAGACACACCGCGAAAUGGAUACACUAGACUCCACCGAAAUAAGGAAAAAAAACCGCCACUCCACUGAACCUGAGCACACCGCAGCACCGUCAGCGGCGGAGAGGUUGGGAAUCGAAAGCCACACUAUCAUUAAAGACCGCGAAAAAAAGCCCACAGCCACCGCAUUUGAAUAUACACCGGAGGCCGAGGCAGCGAAGCGCACAGUUCUCUCGGUUGACUUUGGCAAGCCCCAUUCACAUUCCGGCAACCGGGCGGCUCGCCAACGGGGUUCAAAUCUGAUCGUGAGUGAGGCGGAAAACAGAACGCUAACAGCAUUGUCGACAUAUUUUGGUUUAGUCGGCGAGGCUCUGGACGGUAGGAGAGUGCAUCUUAUGCGCGAUCUGAUACAGGUCACUGGAAACGGUGAGAACUGACCACUUGCAAAGCGAGAAGAGUUUAAACCAAAAAGGUGAACAAUAAACUGAACAACUGUUGUCUAGUGGCCAUAGCAAAUUCCUAACAAGCGGCGAUUCCCGAAAGACGUGAAAGGGUGAAAUUAGUGUAGUAUCGCCGUAGUGUGAAAAGUGCGUUGGUGCCAAACAGCUGCAAUUAUGUACCUGUCCGGGAGAUGUCAUAUGUCGUUUGUGUUUGCCUGCCUGUGUCUACUGCUGCUCAAAGCAACAGUCCGAGGUCACGCAAUUCCUGACGUAUCGCAGCGUAGUUCCGAUGACAGUUCGGCACUGACCCUUGUGCAGCCACCCCUUCUGCAGUCAAGCGAUAGUGAAACCACGAAACUAAGUGCCAGUGAACUUUACAACCGACUUCAGCCCCAACCGCGGAGACUGAAUCUAGAUCGAUUGGAUUCGCGGUCGGAACCGAGUGCGAGUGACAUGAUCAAGGGCAGACGGUGGAAAUUGCAAAAAAUUACCCCACCGGGCCGUGGUCGGGUCAACAAUCGGUCAUUCAAUUCGUUCAAUGAGAUGGAAAGCGAUGAAUAUGAGGACGAGCCAAAGCAGCAGCAGGACACCGCCCUGCAGGUACGCAGGGAUUUCCGGGUAUCGGAUCCGGAUGAAGCGAAUGAGACGGAUAGUAUCACGGAUCUGGUGGCACGGGCAGCGAGAUCUUCCGAUGUUGAGGACUACUUCUAUAGAUAUGUAAUGGAUACUGAUCUAGAGGAUGCAUUGGACGACGAUGACGACGAUGACGACACCAAUCCGGAGGCCCGUUUCAAGAAGAAGAAAAAAUUCCACCUGAAGCACAAACUGAAGAAGUACCUGCUGCCGCUGCUGUUGGCGUACAAGCUCAAGUUCAUGAUGAUGUUCCCGGCGAUGGUCGGCGGUCUGAUACUGCUGGUGAAGGCCGCCGGUCUGGCCGGGUUCUUCUUCGCCCUGUUCGCGUCGGUUGUCAGCUUGCAGAAGCACUAGAGAGCACAACUGCUUGGCCGUGGCCAGGGUCAGCGGGGUGGGUGGGGCUAGGGUGAAUGAACCGAAUGAGUGCAAGCAGAAUGAACUGAUCCGAGUUUGGGGUGUUUUGGACGAAAGAAAAAAGUCUGAUCGUGGCACGCGUAACGUUAAACGAGGUGCGACCGAGCCGAAGCGAGAGUGAAAGAUGCGAAGGGAAAGGGGCAGCCCAGCGAGCGUGAAAUUGAGACGACCUUGAUUGCAGGAGCAAAACUCACCGAAACGGAAAAUACUCCACGAUUUUAGUUGUUUAGUGGUUUGAUGGUUUUGUAUUGUUCGAGAGAUAAUUUAUCGAGUGUCAGUACCCGUAAGUGGGUAGAAUUACGCGAGUGAAUAAUUUUAAAACGGAUUUACUAUCGCUGCAGAAAAUGGUCAUGAUUGCUGCUAGUUUUAACGAUAGAUUAAGCUAU